AUGGCUGCCAAGGAGAUAUCAACCGAAGUUCUGCAAAACCCCGAAUUGUAUGGGCUAAGGCGGUCGCAUAGAGCUGCCACUCAUCAACAGACUUACUUCAAUGAUAGCGAUGACGAGGACGACGAAGAAAAUAUUAAACGGUCCAGGAGGAAGAGAACAACUACCAUUGAAGAUGAGGAGGACGAUUUUGAAGACGAGGACAACCAAGACGAUGCUGAGGACGAUGAAGUCGGAGAGGAUUUUGAGGAAGAUGACGAUUAUUAUGGCUCUCCAGUAAAGAAAACCCGUGUGAAACCCAAACCUAAAUCUAAAUCAAAACCGAAAUUUCAGACCGAGAAACAUCCUGCAGUAAUUAUACCAACAAGAUUUUCCAAUCGUCAAAGCAAAACAGUAAACUACAACGUCGAUUACAGUGAUGACGAUCUUUUAGAAUCGGAAGACGAUUACGGCUCCGAGGAGGGUUUAUCGGAAGAACAUACAUAUGAGGUAUCUGCUACGCCACAACCUGAAGACUUUCACGGUAUUGACAUUGUUAUCAAUCAUAGGCUGAGAACGUCUCUAGAAAAAUCAAAUGUCUUGGAAAAGACUGUUCCCGAGCUAAAGGACUGCAAGGAGAGCUACGAAUUUUUAAUCAAGUGGACCGAUGAAUCCCAUCUCCACAACACAUGGGAGACUUACGAAUCUAUUGGCCAAGUACGUGGUCUCAAAAGGCUAGACAACUAUUGUAAACAAUUUAUCAUCGAAGACCAACAGAUAAGAUUAGAUCCCUAUGUAACCGCCGAAGAUAUUGAAGUCAUGGACAUGGAACGUGAACGUAGACUUGACGAAUUUGAAGAAUUUCGUUUGCCAGAGAGAAUCAUAGAUAGUCAACGUACUUCAUUAGACGAUGGUACCUCUCAAUUACAAUAUUUGGUCAAAUGGCGUCGUUUAAACUACGAUGAAGCCACCUGGGAAAAUGCUACUGAUAUUGUAAAAUUGGCACCUGAGCAAGUCAAACAUUUCCAGAACAGAGAAAAUUCGAAGAUCCUUCCACAAUAUUCUAGUAACUAUACUUCACAAAGACCACGUUUCGAGAAGUUAAGUGUACAGCCACCUUUCAUAAAGGGCGGAGAACUGAGAGAUUUCCAACUAACCGGUAUCAAUUGGAUGGCAUUUUUAUGGUCUAAAGGCGAUAAUGGUAUCUUAGCAGACGAAAUGGGGCUAGGAAAAACCGUUCAGACCGUGGCAUUUAUCAGUUGGCUGAUUUUUGCACGUAGGCAAAACGGUCCUCACAUUGUUGUGGUUCCUUUGUCUACAAUGCCUGCUUGGUUAGAUACAUUUGAGAGAUGGUCACCUGAUUUGAAUUGUAUUUGCUAUAUGGGUAACCAAAAAUCAAGAGAUACCCUUAGGGAAUACGAAUUCUACACCAAUCCACAGGCAAAGGGGAAGAAAACAAUGAAAUUUAACGUUUUAUUAACAACAUACGAAUAUAUCUUAAAGGACCGUGCUGAAUUAGGUGGCAUCAAAUGGCAAUUUAUGGCCGUUGAUGAAGCUCAUAGAUUAAAAAAUGCAGAAUCAUCUCUUUAUGAAUCAUUGAACAGUUUCAAGGCUGCGAACCGUAUGUUGAUCACAGGUACUCCUCUUCAAAAUAAUAUUAAAGAACUGGCUGCAUUAAUUAAUUUCUUAAUGCCUGGAAGAUUUACUAUUGAUCAAGAAAUUGAUUUUGAGAAUCAAGAUGCCGAACAAGAAGAAUAUAUCCAUGAUUUACAUAGGAGGCUUCAGCCUUUCAUUCUUCGUCGUUUAAAGAAAGAUGUAGAAAAGUCAUUGCCUUCAAAGACAGAACGUAUUUUGAGAGUCGAACUAUCCGACGUACAGACGGAGUACUAUAAGAAUAUUUUAACAAAAAACUAUUCUGCUCUUACUGCUGGUCCUAAGGGUGGUCACUUUUCUUUAUUGAAUAUUAUGAAUGAACUGAAAAAGGCAUCGAACCAUCCGUAUCUAUUCGACAAUGCUGAAGACCGGGUUUUACAAAAGUUUGGAGAUGGUAAAAUGACCCGUGAAAACAUUUUAAGAGGGCUGAUCAUGUCUUCAGGUAAAAUGGUUCUUUUGGAUCAAUUAUUGACCAGAUUGAAGAAAGAUGGACAUCGUGUGUUAAUUUUCUCUCAAAUGGUCAGAAUGCUUGACAUUCUAGGCGAUUAUUUGUCUAUCAAAGGUAUUACCUUUCAAAGGUUAGAUGGUACAGUGCCAUCUGCUCAAAGAAGAAUAUCUAUUGAUCACUUUAACUCUCCGGACUCAAACGACUUUGCAUUUUUGCUAUCCACUCGUGCUGGUGGUUUAGGUAUCAAUUUGAUGACAGCCGAUACUGUUAUUAUUUUUGAUUCCGAUUGGAAUCCUCAAGCCGAUUUGCAAGCAAUGGCAAGAGCUCAUCGUAUUGGUCAAAAAAACCACGUUAUGGUGUAUAGACUGGUUUCGAAAGAUACUGUAGAGGAGGAAGUUCUGGAGAGAGCACGUAAGAAGAUGAUUUUAGAAUACGCUAUCAUAUCACUUGGUGUAACAGAUGGUAAUAAGUACACUAAGAAAAAUGAACCAAAUACUGGUGAACUGUCCGCAAUUUUGAAAUUCGGUGCAGGCAAUAUGUUCACUGCUACAGACAAUCAAAAGAAAUUAGAAGAUCUUAAUUUGGAUGAUGUUUUGAACCAUGCUGAAGACCAUGUUACUACGCCGGAUCUAGGAGAAUCACAUCUAGGUGGUGAAGAGUUUUUGAGGCAGUUCGAAGUGACAGAUUAUAAAGCUGAUGUUGAUUGGGACGAUAUCAUACCUGUAGAAGAGUUGAAAAAACUUCAAGAUGAGGAGCAGAAACGUAAGGAUGAAGAAUAUGUGAAGGAGCAACUUGAAAUGAUGAAUAGAAGGGACACUGCUUUGAAAAAGAUCAAAAAUAGCGUCAAUGGUGACGGGGCUGCCGCCAACUCAGAUUCAGACGACGAUAGUACCUCCAGAUCAUCUAGAAGAAGAGCCAGAGCUAACGAUAUGGAUUCAAUUGGCGAACUAGAGGUGCGAGCCUUGUACAAGGCCAUUCUAAAGUUUGGUGACCUAAGCGAAAUUUUAGACGAGCUGAUUGCGGACGGGACAUUGCCCGUCAAAUCGUUCGAGAAGUACGGUGCGACCUAUCAUGAAAUAAUUGACAAGGCUAGAGAAUGUAUUCAAGAAGAAGAAAGAAACAGGAAACAGACUUUAGAAAAACUUGAAAAGGAUGCUACCAUUUAUAGAACAAAGCUGAAAAACGGUGAAAUAAAGGCCGAAAAUCAACCGAAGGAUAAUCCAUUAACGAGAUUAUCACUGAAGAAAAGAGAAAAAAGAGCCGUACUUUUCAACUUUCUUGGUGUGAAAUCGUUGAACGCCGAAUCUCUAUUAACGAGAGUGGACGAUUUGAAAUAUUUGAAGAACUUAAUAAAUUCAAACUACAAGAAUGACCCGUUGAAAUUCAACCUCGGCAAUAGUGCACCUAAACCUGUACAAAAUUGGUCAUCGGACUGGACAAAAGAAGAGGACGAGAAGCUAUUGAUUGGUGUUUUCAAGUAUGGAUAUGGUUCUUGGACACAAAUAAGAGACGACCCAUUUCUAGGUCUUACAGAUAAAAUAUUUUUAAAUGAGGCUCAAACUCCCGCACCUAAAAAAACGACAGGUCCAUCCGAUGCGACACCAACGGCUGCAUCUGCAAAGAAGGGGAAAGGUAUAACCGGAUCUUCCAAAAAAGUACCUGGCGCCAUCCAUUUGGGCAGAAGAGUGGAUUACCUACUUUCCUUCUUGAGAGAAGGUCCAAAUGCAAAGAGUCCAAGUACUGAGCCAAGCAUGAAGAAACUCCCCACUGGACCCUCUAAAAAAAGACAAAGAAAGACUGCCAACCAUAGCAAGUCGAUGACGCCAGAAACCGCCAAUUCCGAGUCAGCGACUGCCCCGCCAAACAAACGUAUGAAAGCUCUGCCAAAAGGCCCUGCGGCUUUGAUAAACAGCGCAAGAUCCUCCCCAAACAGCCCCACUCCAUCAUCUAAGUUCAAGGCCUCCAGGGACAAUGGCACAAGACAAACAAGCAACCCCAGUAGUGGUAGUGCCCACGAAAAGGAAUACGACAGCAUGGACGAAGAAGACUGCCGACAUACGAUGAGCGCUAUACGGACUUCAUUAAAGCGCCUCAGAAGAGGUGGCAAAGGACUGGAUCGCAAAGAGUGGGCCAAGAUCCUUAAGAAUGAACUAACCACCAUCGGCAAGCAUAUUGAGUCGCAAAAGGGCUCGUCCAGGAAGACAAAGCCAGACAAAUUCCGCAAGCACCUCUGGUCAUACAGUGCUAACUUCUGGCCAGCAGACGUGAAAAGCACGAAGCUAAUGGCAAUGUACGACAAGAUAACUGAGUCUCAAAAGAAAUAG